AUGGCCAGGAGGAGUGAGGGCUUCUCGCCCUGGCGGUUCUGGUGUCUUUUCCCGGUGCUGUGGGGUGCACUGCAAGCCGCAGGAUUUCGGGUGGAGAUGGCAGGGAGGACUCAGACCGUGUUUCUCAACGACAACAUCACCAUCAUCUGCAAGAUUCCUGGUUCUCCCGCUCUGGACAUCAGCACUGUGGGUGUUGUCUGGUUUGUAUGGAAGAAAGGAACAGAGGAGAAAGUUCCUGUGUUUGAGUAUUAUGGAGAUCACGAGAAGGCAUACCGAACUGGAGCCAACAUCUCUCCGGAGAAGCUGAUGAGGGGAGAGGCCUCACUGCACCUGCCAGCCAUUCAGCUCAGUGAUGCUGGAGAGUACUUCUGUAAGGUGGUGGUCACCCCUGAGAUGGAUGAGAAAAGUGUGCAGCUAGAAGUUGUGGCUACUCCAACCAACAAAAUAUUUCAGGACCAGGUCCUGGAGAACUCAAAGCAAUACACACGCAUUGUGUGCAAGUGCAGUGGUUUCUACCCAGACUCUGUGAACAUAACAUGGAAGAACUGGUCCCCGAAAGCGGCUCAGCCUCUGCCGAUAUCUGAAGGCAUCUUCACUGGUCAUCAUGUCCAGAAUGAGGAUGGGACCUUUAAUGUCACUAGCUAUGUGACACUGAAGUCUCCUCUGGAAGAUGCUGGGGCCGUGUACCAGUGUGUGGUGAGCCACAUUUCCCUACACAGCACCCAGAGACUCAACCUCACACUGAGUGUGACAG